AUGUCAAAUGCGAAGUCCGGGCAAUCGACUGGAAACCAGGUCGCUUUUCCUACUGACCAGCUCUACGCUGCUGCCACAAACCACCUCAAAAGUGGCGAUGGCGAACAUUCACAAAUGCAAAGGGCUCUGGAAGUGGGCUCGUACUUCCUCUCGGGAUGCAUGGCGGUCAACCUAUCACAAUUCCUAGGCGCCCCCUUAUAUCUCAUCAACGAAAACUGGUACAAUGCUUGGAUAGCAUUAACCAAGAAAUCUAUCGGCCUCCUCAUGACGACCCUGACCCAAUACUGGGCUCCGACCGUUGUCAGAGUUAGCGGAGACAAGAGCGUCCGGGGUCAGUUGGUUCCGACGGCUAAUGGAGGCUUGAGAUGCCUCUUUCCCCAAAGAAUGGUCCUUAUUGCCAACCACCAGAUCUACACCGAUUGGCUAUACUUAUGGUGGUUCGCAUACUGCAAUGGAAUGCAUGGGUCUAUAUUUAUCGUUCUCAAGGAGUCGCUCAGAAAUAUUCCGAUACUGGGCUGGGGUAUGAGACUUUCACAAUUCAUAUUUUUGAAACGGAACUGGGAGGAAGAUAAACCACAAAUGGCAAAACAUUUUCAGAAAUUGAACAAGCCGACCCUUCCAAUGUGGUUGUUAAUAUUUCCGGAGGGUACAAACCUUGCUGAGUCCACGCGAGAGCGAAGCGCAAACUGGGCAAAGAAGAAUGGAAUCCAAGACAUGCAACACACACUUCUUCCACGAAGUACGGGACUUCGGUUCAGUCUGCAACAGAUGAAGGAAACCGUCAAAUAUGUCUACGAUUGUACUAUCGCUUAUGAGGGUGUGCCACGAGGACAGUAUGCGCAAGAUAUAUUUACCGUGAAAAGUGCCUACUUCGAGGGCCAGCCUCCGAAAUCCGUUAACAUGCAUUGGCGACGUUUCCCACUAUCUUCGAUUCCUAUAGACGACCCUGUAGCAUUCGAAGUGUGGCUCAGAGCUCGGUGGAUGGAAAAGGAUGGUCUGAUAGAGGCCUAUUACCGUCAUGGACGUUUUCCAGCCGACAGGGGUGCUCACAAGACUCGUGAAGGGAAGAUCAUUCGAGGUGCUGGGCAUAUUGAAACCGAAAUCAAGUCCAAUUACUGGUACGAAUUCUUACAGGUUUUUGCUCCUGUCGGCGUACUGGCAAUGGUUUUAUACAUGUUUUAUAAUGCACUUCCGACAACAGUCACAGAAUCACUGAAGAGCCAGGAUGUGCUCAAAAAGGCUGAGGAGUUGCAGAAGACGCAAAUCAACGGUCAAAAGCAACCGCUCCUUACGCAUCCAGUCAAUCAAGUGGCCAAAGAUCCAGAUUCACUGCUCGGGAAGGCAGCGACGAUUUACGCAGGUCUCUCGAAGAACCCAAGUGUUCAGAAGGUCGUCCGAUUGCCUGAGCUCAGUGAGAAGGGUCUAAAGAACGAAAUGAAGAGGCAUCAGCCAGCUGUUGACACCAUAUUCACGCAGAAAAACGCACUUCAAGAUAUGAAAACCAAACUUCCAUCGCGUCCUGCUCCUCAAGCCCCCAAUCCAAAUGUCAAACAGCCAACCAGCAAGUCAAGUAAUGGAGGCCAAGCAAAAAUAACCCAGCAAAGUCCGGUCCGGCGCACCAAAAAUACACCAGCUCAGAAGUCAGGGUCUGUGCCUAAGUCUACCUUACAAAGACCACCUGGGGCAACGCCCCUUCCACCAAAGUCAGCGUCAACAAAAGUAGUGCUACCGAAGCAGACGACAAAGCAGCCAUUGCCAGCAAAAUUGGCAAAUAACAAAAUCCAGGUAGCGUCAACGUCAACGCCAGCACUCAAGCCUCCGUCUAAGCCAACAAACACUAGGCCUAAGGCGGCUUCAGAUAACAAACCCAAUGCAAAAUGA